UCAACGUCCAAAGUUCAUAGACUCAGCAGAUAAACACUGAUAAACCCUAAUCCGGUGAUGGAUGGGUCAGAUUUCUUUCAGGAUGAUUGUAACUCGAUAGCUACAGAGAUGAAGGGUGAAGAGGAGCGGAUUCGACAGAAGAGAAGGUGGCUGUUAGGUCUUGAUACGCCUAAGCCUGAGAAUCCGACUACUGAGUUUCUCGAAUCUGAGGAUCACACUCCAGGAAAGACUGAGUUUCUCGAAUACGAAUGCCUCCCUGAAUCUUUGCUCAGGGAAGAUGAUCUAUUCUACGAGACAGCAAAAUCGCGUGUUGAAGAAGCAUUUGGAAUCUGCAAAAACCAAGAGGCUCAACGAAAGGACUCCAAGUUCUGCAAUAAAGACGUUGUUAGAAAACUUAGCAUGUAUCUUGAUUCUUUGACGAAUGAAGGUCUAUCUCUCGUUGUAGAGAUCAUCACUGGAGGCUCUACUUCUUUUGACAAGACCCGGCCGAAAAUGAAACAGAUUAUCAGAGAAUCUGUCAAAAAGAGAAGAAGAUACGACAUUGUUGAGCUGUUGCAUCAAGCUCUUAGUGAUCCUGGAAACUUGCGGAAAGAUUGCACCAUGGAUUCUGCAAAACCCAUGUCUCAUCGUGAUGCUGCACUGAAUGUACUUGAUGAGCUAGAUAAGUUGUCGACUCAGACUCUACUUGCAAUGAAAGGGAAACUUGAAGGUUCAGUUACGAUACCUCCUCGGUUGAAACCAAGUCAAAUGGGUAAAAAGAAAAUGCAUCUGAUAGACCAAGUGAAGCAAGCUAGCGAGAAGAUGCUCUCAGAACUUUCCGCAGGGGAGAAAUUGCAGGAGCCAUUGGCUAAGGCGAUGUCAUUAGUAGAUUUGUCUCUUAAGUUAAGUCCUGGCUACAACAAACCUAGAGCUCCUCCCACAGAUUUUUUCCAUUUCUCACCUGAAACAAAGACGCUACAAAACGAGAUAGUGAAGGCAGUUUUGUUACUCCGUACGGCCAGGAUUGAUGCUGCGUUUGAAAGAGUGGGUCUUAUCUUAGACCCCGAAGCCCAAGUAUCAAAUCACAGCUUAAGAUCAGCGGUCGAGAGAAUGCUGAUUCACUAUCUGUUUGAGUGCUGUGAUAUGGACGUCAUUCCAAAGUCUUUGACUAACGCUCUUUCAUUGGUCAACAACAAGACUACCCGGAGUUUAGACCAUAGAGUAUUUCCAGGGGAAGCAAUUGAGGAAGAGACAGGGUGUAUAUUAAAUGUGAGUGCUCAACUGAAGCAAAUAGUUUGGCAAUGUAUACCUGAUUAUGAGCUUGAUCAGGACUUUGGUGAUGCUUAUAUGGAGGAGCUAGAAGAAAGUGAUGAUGAUGAUUACAGUCAAGACUAUGCUUUCGGUACCACUGAUCCGGAUCAAGACGAAGUUGUUGCAGAAUGCUCAGUUUUGAAUUCGACUGCUUUAGACGCAACCAACCAGCAUCAUCCCAGCUCUUCUCUCGUUAUAAGGGACCUGACAGAGAGUAGUAUUACAAGAGCUCAUCCUAGGUCUCUCUUUGCCACUCCCACGUCCAAUAAAUCUACACCAGUCUGUGAUAGACAUGACAGAGAUAACCAUAUUAGCCCUCGUUCAUUGUAUUCUGUUGAAAACAUAAAGAGUGAUGAUCAUUGCACGCAGAAUCCAGUCAAAAGAAAGAAGAACCAGUACCUCGCAGUCCAAGAAAUUUGUGAUGGCACAAGCUUGGUUGCGUAUAACCUAAUAGGACGCUUACUUGAGAAAUUUGCAGACCAAAAAAGCCUAGAAUUACAAGUAGAUGAACGUUCAUAUCUUAGAGGAGAAUCCAGGCUUCAAAAAGAUGUAGAAGGUGAGGUGAGUGAAGAAAACAAAGCUUCAGAUGAGUCCAUCACACUUUCUGCUGUCCAAGAGAUAUACCCUCCCUUGAUCAGAGUGUAUUGUUGAAAUUAAAAAAGCUGAUGGAAUAGCUACAGUGGAAUGCAGCAGGAAAGAAAGAAAAGAAGUGCUCCUCUGUCGAUUACUAAUUCUAUUAUUAUUAAGAUAAGAAAACAUUAUGUCUGUUUAAUCUCGGUUCAGUUUUAAAUUAAUCUUUUCUAAAAUUUAUCAAAAUAUAAUUAUAUUUUUAAUAAAUAUUUAUUUUAUUUAUUCGAUUCAAAAUAUUUGAGAUUUUCAGAGAAAACUGCAAAAUACAAUUAC